GACAACGCCAAGGACGCGCACGCUCUAGACAGGAAUACAAGCUUGAAUGUAAAUGGCGCGGUUUAGUGCAGUGUGACACCCGGGUGGGGGCAUUGCUGAUUAUGGCUGUUCUCCGGCCGUUUGAGAAAAUGCCCGUAGUUAACGCUGCCGCCGUUCUGUUGGUUGGGUCAGAAGAAAAUCAUCGAGAGCGCCUUGCCCAGUCAAUGCUAAAAGAGGCAAAAAUCUUUGAUGUGAAGAUUCACAUGACCCAGAGCCUGCCUUUGCCUUUUGAAGGAGAUCACCUCCGUCCACGUUUUGACCUGGUUGUGUUUUUAAUAAAUCUACACAGCCAACACAGCCUCAACAAUGUUCUGUCUUCCAUGAUGCAUUUGGAUGCCUAUUUUUAUCUUGGAAAAAUUUGCUUUCUGGCUACAAGAGGCAAUCCUGGAUCAGUUAAGCACUGUGUAGUAGAUAUAUCCACAGUGGAAGAUCUUGCAGACAAACAUUUGAGUACCUUGAUCCAAUCUGAACUUGAUAAUGAAGACGAUGUUACUUAUACGGCACAGCGCCUACUGAAUAUUCUGAAGAUAUGUGCUGGAUUGGUGCCUGGUAUUUCCUCACUUUAUCUGUGUUCAAUGAUGAAAAGUUUUUAACACCGUUAUGUAAAAUUCAGGCAACAGUGCAUGAACAAGAUCGAAAUGUACAAAUACUUUUAAGUGACGUAUUGCUUGUAAUAAAACACUUCUGUGUAAAAUAUA